AUGCAGCAGUUUCCCGAAUUUGGGUUCCUGCAUAAGCCUACAUUCUUAGAAUAUGACUACAACGAUGAGCUUUCUUCCCUGAAGCUAUGUGCUGUAAUGGCCUUGUGUGCUCGCUACAUGCCAGAGACGGUUAGCCUCUAUGGAAGCCCAUUGGCAGCCUCGAAUCACUUUGCAGGAUAUGUUCGGAAAGAAGUGAUGGAGCAUGUGGCCGUUCAUGCCGAUAUUGAGAUUAUACAAACCCUGGUCCUACUAGGUCUUCACGACUGGGGCUGCUGUAACGGUUUCAGUGCAUGGAUUUAUAUUGGCAUGGCUAUUCGCACCGGACAGAUGCUUCAAGCUCGGCUAGAAGAAAUUGGAAAAUCUCAAAAGGAGCAACCAAAUACUGUGCUUCGAGAGACUAUCCAUCGGACUAUCUGGGCAUGUUUUGUGAUCGACUGCAUGCUUGGCUGCGGAAAGCACCGUGUACGAACUUUCGAGGCAGAAAAAGUCAAAAUCCCUUUGCCCAUCAAUGAUGAAGACUAUGUUUUUGGCAAUGAUUCUUCACCCAACCCAACCUACCUAACUAAACUGGUCUUUGAAGGAUAUGCCCAGUCGCUGCAAUCCCCAUCACAGAAAUUAGGGGUUGAAUAUUGCCUAUCUUUGACUAUUCAGGGGUUUGAUAUCUGGUCAAAACUUUCACAGUGGAUCUGUACUGGAGGCAGAGGAGGGGAUCUCCCAAGUUCACACGACCCCCCUUGGAAAGAGACUACUUUUUGGUACCGCACUAUGACAUCACUUGAAAACUGGCGGGCGAGCCUCUCUCCUCGUUUACUCUACUCAUCGGGAGGACAUAAUCUCCUGGCUCACAUCGCCCGCAACCAGGGAGAAAGCUUCGCCACCAUCAACCUUCUUUACUAUCUCAUGGUCAUCUUCUUGAACAGAGAGUAUAUCCCAUUUUUCCCCCAUCGGAUAAAAUCACCCUGCGGGCCAACCGACCCCCCGUUACUGAAAGAGCAGGCCCCUCCUGGAUGGUGGGAUCGAGGCUCAAUUGAGCUUUUUGGGGCUGCGUCAUCAAUAAUUAAACUCCUCCAAAGCCUUCAACAACAUGGAAUCCAGCUUCAGACACCAUUCACGAGCUUUUGUGUCUUUAGUGCGGCUACCACCCUCUCUUACGCAAAUGCUUGGCCGCAUAUGGCACCAGGAUUUCAAAAUGCAGGAGAAUUAUAUACUUGGGGGUUGAAAUGGCUCAUUGAGUCUAGUGAGCUGUGGAAAAUUGCCGAAGGAUGGUGCGAUACACUCACCAGUGUAUCGCAACUAUACAUACGCAUUAAGAAGGAUACAUCCAGGUUUUGUGAUGUCGGACGCGAGCCGUUUAUCGACCUUGAGGAUAGUAUCCAAAGGUUUGCAGAAACUGAGUCAGGGCGGAUACCUGCAGCAAAUAUCCUUGUUUCUCUGUCUCGAAAGGCACCGCAAGCAACAAAGGAUAAAGAAAAAACGAGCGCUUCACGGGUAUCACAUGAAACUAGGCUGUGUGAUGUGUCUCCCGGCACGAUCGAAACCCAAGAAGUUGAAGAGAGUAGGGACGAAUCUUUACGCAGUAAUGAAGGGACACCAUUUGCACAAAGUACUCAUUCUGAGUAUAUCAGUGAGGAAUUUGCGGAUAGUCAGGAUAUCAUUGCAAGUAUGAUGGGUGAAGGAGCGGGCCUCAAUUGGUUUCAUGACUUAUCUUGGUAG